AAAAACACAUUUGAUACGCACACAAUAUACCUACAUAUAUUUAAAAAGGAAUGGAAAAAUUCCCAUUAAAAGGAAGCAGAGAGGCUGCUGCAGAGGGUAAUAGCUAUAUAACGGCAUAUCAAACAGUAAUGAAAAAGUCAAAUGGUCACACAACAGGUGGCAGCGGAGGAGGUGAUGGCGAUUCUAGUUAUCAUGAUCAUCCAUUGGCACCCCACUCCAAGCUAACAACAUCCCUGACAGCACCAGGCACAGAUGAUGAAGAUAUGAUUGACAUAACGCCGCGUUCCAGUCCAGGUGAUGUUAUUGGCGGCGUCGGCAGCGUAGGAGGGAAUCGUGAAACAGCCACCGAAUCGGAUACGGAUUUCCAUACUGGAAAUCAAAGAUCUCUGCAUCAUCAUCAGCACCAUCAUUUGCAUCACCAGCAUCAGCAUGUGCCAACUCACAGUGCCUUUGGCGAUCCCAUGGAUGGAGCACUCUCAUUCUAUGGCUCCUCGGAUGUACAAGAUGAUAUACCCGGAAUUGGGCAAUAUGAAGAUUUUCAUACCAUCGAUUGGCAGCGGGAUAUAGCCAGAGAUCGUAUGCGUCAUCGUUAUAUAGUCAAGAAGCGGCAGGAUUCAGUGUGGGAUCUUAUUAAGGGUUCAAUUGAUGCUGGCUCGGGAUGGUUGUGCGUUCUGUUAGUAGGCAUUGCGGCGGGCUGUGUGGCUGGCAUGGUUGACAUUGGAGCCAGCUGGAUGUCGGAUUUGAAGCAUGGAAUAUGUCCGCCUGCCUUUUGGUUUAAUCGGGAGCAAUGCUGCUAUCCAGCCAAGCAAUCUGUAUUCGAUGAAGGCAACUGCUCUACGUGGAAGACAUGGCCAGAGAUCUUUGGCCUGAGUCGCAAUGGUACGGGUCCAUAUAUUAUCUCAUACAUUACGUAUGUUUUUUGGGCCUUGCUGUUUGCGUCGUUAAGCGCUUCGCUGGUCCGAAUGUUUGCCCCAUACGCCUGUGGAUCUGGUAUACCGGAGAUUAAGACAAUUUUGUCGGGCUUUAUUAUUCGCGGUUAUCUUGGCAAAUGGACGCUAUUAAUUAAAUCCGUUGGUCUAAUGCUCUCUGUGUCCGCUGGCCUGACAUUGGGCAAAGAAGGUCCUAUGGUGCAUAUAGCCAGUUGCAUAGGCAACAUAUUUUCGCAUCUAUUUCCCAAAUACGGACGCAAUGAGGCAAAGAAACGUGAGAUUUUAUCUGCUGCAGCUGCGGCUGGCGUCUCGGUGGCUUUUGGAGCACCAAUUGGUGGGGUUUUAUUUUCUCUAGAGGAAGUCUCCUACUACUUCCCCUUGAAGACAUUGUGGCGAUCGUUUUUCUGUGCCCUAAUUGCUGCUUUUGUCCUGCGUUCUCUAACACCGUUUGGGAAUGAACAUUCCGUACUCUUCUUUGUCGAGUACAAUAAGCCGUGGAUAUUCUUUGAGCUGAUACCAUUUGUCUUUCUGGGCAUCAUGGGAGGCGUCAUUGGUACCUUCUUUAUUAAGGCGAAUUUGUGGUGGUGUCGCUAUAGAAAAUUCAGCAAACUGGGCCAAUAUCCAGUAAUGGAAGUGCUUGUCGUUACAUUGAUCACUGGCAUCAUUUGCUAUCCAAAUCCAUUUACGCGCAUGAACAUGAAUGAGUUAACCUUUUUGUUAGUUAGCAAAUGUUCGCCCGGGGAUCUCACAAAUCCAUUGUGCGACUAUAAGCGUAUGAAUGUGACGUCGGGUACCAGCUUCAUUGAGGUUACCGAACCCGGACCUGGUGUCUACAGAUCCAUUUUCUUGCUCUUGUUAACAUUUAUCCUUAAAUUAGCUUUAACCAUUUUCACAUUUGGCAUGAAAGUGCCAGCUGGUUUAUUUAUACCAUCCUUAUUACUGGGAGCCAUUAUGGGACGUAUUGUUGGCAUCGGCGUGGAGCAAUUGGCUUAUAGUUAUCCAAACAUUUGGUUAUUCACCGGCGAAUGUGCGGACAGUAAUCUCAUUACGCCAGGUCUUUAUGCGGUGGUCGGUGCGGCAGCUGUUUUAGGAGGCGUUACACGCAUGACUGUCUCCUUGGUGGUCAUAAUGUUUGAGCUAACUGGCGGAGUGCGUUAUAUUGUGCCAUUAAUGGCCGCUGCCAUGGCCUCCAAGUGGGUUGGCGAUGCUUUGGGUAGACAGGGUAUCUACGAUGCUCACAUAGCGCUUAAUGGUUAUCCGUUCCUCGACAGUAAGGAGGAAUUUGCCCAUACAACUCUGGCCGCCGAUGUUAUGCAGCCCAAACGCAAUGAAACGUUAAACGUUAUCACACAGGACUCAAUGACGGUGGACGAUGUGGAGAAUUUAUUAAAGGAAACCGAACAUAAUGGUUAUCCGGUUGUAGUAUCCAGAGAGAAUCAAUAUUUAGUUGGUUUUGUAUUGCGUAGGGAUCUUAAUUUAGCUAUUGGCAAUGGCAAGCGUCUCAUUGAGGGUAUCAACAGCAGUUCCAUAGUAUUAUUUACCUCAACCACGCCCAUACAAAAUCUGGGACCUCCGCCACUUAAGUUAAAAAAAAUUCUCGAUAUGGCGCCAAUUACAGUAACAGAUCAAACACCAAUGGAAACUGUUGUCGAUAUGUUCCGUAAAUUGGGUUUACGCCAAACACUGGUCACACACAAUGGACGACUGUUGGGUGUGAUUACGAAAAAGGAUGUCCUACGCCAUGUGAAACAAAUGGAUAAUGAAGAUCCCAAUACGGUACUCUUCAAUUGAAUUUAUGAAGCCAAUCAAGAACACAGGGCAUCUACUAGUUAUUAUUAUUAUUAUUAUUAUUACCUGUACACUAUCGAAAUACCAACAAUAUUUGAUAUGUGCAAAAUGCAAAUAGCAAUUUAAGCUUAAGUGAAAAAGUUUAACGUGUGGAUAGAAACGGAAUUAAAGUCGUAUAGUAAAGUUAUGAUCGAACACAGAUAUAGAAAAGAGACAGACGACGUUCGUUACGUGAGAGAUUUAGCAAAUUGUAUGGAGCUCUAUUAAAUUUAUACAUAUAUUUAUAUAUAUAUAUAUAUAUACAGCAUAUAUAUCUCGUUAAAGUUAAUUUUAGUGAAACAAAAGAAAUGAAAAGAAAAUUAUAAUUUAUUUACUAGUGCAAAUGGUUAUAAACAUAUAUAUUCAUUUCUAAUGCUAUAUUGCCAAUUUGUAAUUAUGCAUGAGAUGUCAGAUUAACUUAACACAUCACUCGAACACACACAACACACACACA